AUGGCAACUGCACCUCCAUCUGAUGAAGCAUGGACCAAAAGCAUCGAAUUAUAUUGUAAACCAUCAGAUGAAGAACUUUUAUAUGAAAAAGGAGAGAAACUUGCUGUUAAGGCUUAUCUGGCUAUUUCUCGACUUGAAUAUUCCGUACAUGUUAGAUCUAAUACGGAAUUUAUGUCUCCUUCAGGUGUUGUCCCUAUAAUCCGUGUCCCACCACUCUUCUUUUGCGGAUUUAAUGCCAUAGCCAACUUUAUCGAGCUAAAGGAACGCUCCGCUAGUAGCCUUUUAGAUUCGCAGACAACAGCUGACAUGAAAGCUUAUAUAUCGUUAAUACAAGAUAAACUAUUACCGGCAGAGCUGACUAAACACAAAUAUGGUGAUAAUCUACCGUCUCCGCUCAAUCAGAUUAUACCUUGGCUGAAAAGGCAAUCAAUUAUUCGCUCUUUAAGAAAUCGAGAAUUACCUAUUGUCUAUAGUGAUGCCAAAUCAACGAUCAAACAAGUUCUACAAGCAUUGUCAAAUCGCUUAGGAACAAGUCUUCGCUUUUUUGACGAUAGACUUACAGAAUUGGACGCUUUAGCUUAUGGUCAUCUAAAAUCUAUCCAGGAUUGUGAUUUAUUAGAAAUAAGAAAUCUUCUAACGGACUAUCCGAAUCUUGUAGUAUUUUGUAAUAAUUUCCCAGUUAUGAACAAUCUGUAA